GCCCAGCCGGGCCCCUUUGGCGCCCCCAGGGCUCAGAACGAUCCUGCUCCUGGGGAUUGCACACACAGUAACAAGAGUGGUUUACUAGAAGAAGCCCCCAUCCCUCACGACGGACUUCCUCUGGCACCUCACAGAGCCCAGCGAGAAGCUGUACACAUCGAGAAGAUCCUGCUAACGGGGGUCCAGAGUAAAAGGGCUGACAAGUACUGGGAGUAUACCUUCAAGGUAAAUUGGUCUGAUCUUUCAGUAACAACAGUAACAAAAACCCAGCAAGAACUACAAGAAUUCCUACUGAAGCUUCCAAAGGAAUUGUCUUCAGAAACCUUUGACAAGACCAUCCUAAGAGCGCUAAACCAGGGCUCUUUGAAAAGGGAAGAGCGGCGACAUCCCGAUCUCGAGCCCAUCCUAAGGCAGCUAUUUUCAACUUCAUCACAAGCUUUUCUACAGAGUCAGAAAGUGCACAGCUUUUUUCAGUCCAUCUCAUCAGAGCCCUUGCACAGUCUCGAUAACUUACCACCCUCUUUGAAGUCAUCUAAGAUAUUAGAACACUUAAAAGAAGACAGCUCAGAGGCUUCAAGUCAGGAAGAAGAUGUGUUGCAACGCACUCUAAUCCACAAGAAGCAUCCCGGCAAAGUGCCCGUUGUGAACACUAUUGGUACGAGCUGUUCUCCACUGGAUGGGUUUCCCCUGCGAUACCCUGAACAGAAUGGGAUUGUGGAUUGGAGGAAGCAAAGCUUUACCACCAUGCAACACCCAGAGCGCUGUGUGACCUUGGCUGACCAGCCAUCAGCUGACAAGUGGAGCUUAUCUUCAGUAAAUAAGAAGAAAGGAAAGCCACAGAUAGAAAAGGAGAAAAUUAAGAAAUUGGACAACAGGUUGAAUAGUAGACUAAAUGGCAUUCGUCUCUCAACUCAACAGGCUCAUGAUGGUCCCGUGAAAGAUGGGAAUUUGGACAUUGGGUCUGGACAUGAUACAUGUGGAGAAACAUCCUCAGAGAGUUACAGUUCCCCAUCCAGCCCUCGGCAUGAUGGAAGAGAAAGCUUUGAGAGUGAAGAAGAAAAAGAUAGAGACACGGACAGCAAUUCCGAGGACUCUGGGAACCCACUAGCCACCAGGUUCACGGGCUACGCUUCUGUCAGCCAGACUGCCAAACCACCUGCUCCGAUAGUCUCCUUAGGCAGUGAGCACGGGAGCCUCCUGGAAGCUUCCUUGAACUCACCCAAGUACCCGCAUAUUUCUUUCAUGCCAACGUUACACUGUGUCAUGCACAAUGGCGCCCCGAAGCCAGAGGUGAUGGUGCCUCCCCCCAAAGCUGUGGAUGGCAAAACAAUAGGAGUGCUGGUUCCUAGUCCUGUGGCUAUUUCUGCCAUCCGAGAGUCAACCACAUCCACCCCUAUUGGGCUGCUCGGGCCAACAGCGGCUGCUGGCGAAUCGGACAAGCACUUGGAACUGCUGGCAUCCCCAUUGCCAAUCCCAUCAACUUUCCUUCCGCACGGUGGUGCUCCUGCUUUGCACCUGACGAUCCAGAGGCUAAAACUGUCCCCGCCACAGGGGUCGUCUGAGGGUUGCACCAUUAACGUGCCACAGCAGCCAGCCGCGAGUCUGAGCAUCGGGUCACCAAAUGCUGCCUUCAUCCCCGUCCACGACCCAGGUAGUUUUCCAGGAUCGCCUGUGGCUGCCACGGACCCCAUCACAAAGCCUGCGUCCCAGGUGGUAGGACUCAGUCAAAUGGUGCCUCAAGUUGAGGGAAGCACAGGCACGAUCCCUCAGCCUACCAAUGUGAAGGGCGUCCUCUCAGCCGGGGGCCUGCAGGCUGCCCCACCUCCAGCCUCCUACCCAGUGCCUGGUUCUCCCCUGGCUGCCAGUGUGUUACCCAACCCGAGUUCCAAUGUGCUAAGCACGGCGGCCACUUCCACACAGCCCACGAGCGCCGGCCUCAGCCAGAUCCAGCCUACCGUCCCUCCAGCUGUUCCCACCCACACCCCCGGCCCUGCCCCGAGCCCGAGCCCCGCAUUGACCCACAGCACUGCCCAGAGUGACAGCACCUCCUACAUCAGUGCUGUGGGCAACACGAGCGCUGGUGGGACUGUGCUGCCGCCACCACCACCACCACCACCACCACCACCGCAGCAGCACAUGGGUCCUUGUGGGUCAUGUGGGCGAAGGUGUAGCUGUGGGACCAAUGGGAACCUUCAGCUCAACAGUUACUAUUACCCUAAUCCAGUGCCCGGGCCAGUAUACCGCGUCCCAUCCUUCUUUACUCUGCCGUCCAUUUGCAACGGCAGCUACCUCAGCCAAGCACAUCAGAGCAACGGAAACCAGCUUCCUUUCUUUCUGCCUCAGACGCCAUAUGCAAACGGAUUGAUGCAUGAGCCCGUCAUGGGUGGCCAGGCCAACUACGGCAUGCAGCAGAUGGCAGGCUUUGGGAGGUUCUACCCCGUGUACCCAGCUCCUAGUGUAGUGGCCAGCACUAAUGGCUCAGGGCCCAAGAAGAGCGGCAGCGUGUCCUGUUACAACUGUGGUGUCAGCGGGCACUAUGCACAGGACUGUAAGCAGUCGUCCAUGGAGGCCAGCCAACAAGGCACUUACAGACUGAGAUACGCGCCGCCCCUCCCCCCUUCUAAUGAUUCGUUGGAUUCUGCAGACUGAACCAAGGAAAGCGUGCCUGCCUGAUACUGUGACGUGGGGGCAGCGAUGGGCCGGGGAGGGACAGAGAGCUAUCUCAUUGGUGUUUUUGUCAUUACACUUCCUGAUCACUAUGCAGUUGGGAGUUGGGGUCUCUCCUAUACCAGUGUCCACAACAAAAGAAGAAAUGCGAUGCUUUUGAGCCGCAGGUCUCCUUGUUCAACAAUAGGCUUCUGUCUCUGACACAUGUCACUGAAACGUGAACAGACUGAGCAGUGUGGCGCGGCUUCCCUUCUCCACACUGAACAUGUGCCGUGUGCAAUGUUUACUGACGCUUCAAAACUGGGUGGUUGACCUUUUUUAAAAAACAACACUAGUGACAGUCAUGGUUUUGAAAAAGACACUGCUUCUUCCCUAGCUUUCUACUCUGUGCCCCCGGCCCCCGGCCUGCAGGAGCAACCGGCAGUGGACUGUUCCGCCCUGAGCAAACCACUCUGCAGAGGAAGCCUGCUGGGGCCGGUGGCUCCUUUCCCCGAGACUGUGUGUGAAGGCGCUGACAUAGACCAGCGUUGGUGGGCCAAAUGAAAACUGGUGGUGGGGGCUGGGGCGCGGGGGUAUGACAAACCUUAUGAUACUGAACAAAUACGAAAAUGACAAAGAGCUGUUUCUUUAAAACAAAAUAACCCACAAUACUUUUUAAAACCUUCACCACCCUUUCUUAGCCUGUUGCUUCCAAGAGACGCCAAGUGAACAAGCUGGUGUGACUGUUGUCUCUGUGUGUAUGUGUGUGGGUCGUGAAUGGCAACAGCCCGUUGUAAGUCCUGCGGUCCACAGCUGUGUUGUGAAAGAUGUGAGUGUGUGUG